AAAUACUCAAGGUCCAACGAAAAAUUCACAGAUUUGAUACUGAUUCCGUGUUCAUUAUUUCUCGGAUUUUGACCACGGACAUUUGUGGUCUGUUCUGAAUAUGAUCCGCCGCCAGAAUUCUUCAAAGACUGCAAAGCAACACAAAUCACAGCGUAUGCAACGGGAUUUGUGUUCGCGUGUUGGUCCUAAUUAUCAAGCUGAAGUGCCCGAUUUCUCAAAAUGUAAUGGCGACAACUACUCAAAUACAGCAUCGGAGCUUACAAUGUGGAUGCCCAACAAACAACCUACGGAAGAGCAGUUGCAGCAAUAUAUAUCAUACGCUGCGAAUCAUAGGUACACUCCCGAGGCGGCUAUGCUCUUACUUCAUUGGCACGAUUACAACCUUUCGGGCACAAUGGACGACAUGCCAAAUUACGUUCCAAUUUCUAGUAAAUGGACUAAAUGCGAAGUGCGGAAGUUCCUCAAGUGCAUCGAUUCAAAACCUCGGAAAAACUUUGUUGAAGCCAGAAAAACGCUUCCUGGACGUCCAAUGGGCGACAUAUCGCAGCUUUACUAUUCUAUCGCUGCUCCAUUCAAAGCUCCUAGUCGAGCUAAACGCCAUAAAGAGUUGAUUCAUCGUUGUUUCACCCGGGCCGUUCGUAACAACCUGAUUUGCAACCGAUGCUCACCUACUGACGCUCAGUCAUCAGUGAUAGCGCCAGGAAUGAAUGUCAAAUCCCAUAGUCGCAAACCGGGCGAGGCCGAAGACCCAUUGGAUCGUCAGUUUGAAUUGCACCUUGUAGACCUAGUGGGUAUGUCAGAAACGAAACGCCUUCUUGGCCAGAAAAUGCUUUGCACUCCAUGUCCCUUGUUACUUCAACUAUCCAGGGAGCCGGAACUCAAUGCACCGCGUGCUGAGCUAGAUACUUCUUCUCCGUGUCCUCCACCACGAACAAGUUCUCCCAGAGAAACUCUCUCCAAUGAGUUGUGCGCAGACACACAUACUCCACUUGCGCCAAUUUGUCCCCUGGUCACCGAUCCAAUCGAACCGACGAACAGCUCAGGUUCGUCAUCACAGCUUGGUAGUGACUCAACCACUAACAGAUGUCACCCUUCGAAACAUCGCCUUCCUCCCGAAGUUCACUAUGAUCAUGCGGAAUUUCUCACUUUCCUGGAAAGCUCGGAGGAACAAUUGGCAUUGGAACGCGAUGCAGAGUUGACUUCCGCCAUUCGUUUGGACGCUGAACUCACAGAUCAAUUACAGCUGACUGAAAAUCGUUCCCGUUCUUUACUACACAAAAUGGAGGCCCUAAAACCCGCAGGCGGUUUUCCCGAGGUUUCUUACAGAUGGAGCAAGACGGAGCUUGCUCUGGUGCUUACGGCUAUGUCCAAAUAUGGCCGCGAUUUCGGACGAAUCGCGCGGACCAUCGGUUCAAAGACAGAGGGUUUCGUACGCGACUUCUACAAUCAGUUGCGUCAUCGAUUCCCAUUGGAUGACAUCAUUCGCCUUUCAGAAACUAACGAAAAUAGGACGCAGGAGAUAGAGGUGCGCAUAUGGAAAGACGAAGAUUCGCCCUGCAAAACUGAUUCUCAUCCACCCUGCACCGGUGUCACAACGGUCCAGAGCGGUGAACAAACUUGCAUUAACUCAGAAUCUGAAAUUGCACCAAGCGCAGUUUCUUCAUCCAUCGCUGACCAAAAUGCUGGCUUGGACUCCUCUGGAGACCGUCCGUCUCAGGAUACCACUAACCCCCAAACUGAGUGCAAGGAACAAUGUCCCGUGAGUGAACCCCCUCGUAGGAAACGAGGUAGGCCGCCUAGAAACUCAAGCACUUCGGUGCAGCGUGUGUCUGAAUCGGCAUCCAUCUCCAGCCAGGUUCGUCGUGGGCGAGGUCGCCCACGUAGAACCUAAUGUAUCCCGAUUUAUCUGCAUAGAGUGCCUCCUACCCCUGGUACUUUCUCGGUGUAUAGCCCCCAUUUUCUGAACGGAUUAUCCCCUUCACAAUUUUGUACACCUUCUCUUGUGUGAUUUCAUUGUUCCUCACUCUUGCCACUUCCUCCCAUCGAUUAAAACUUAUCAGAAAUAACUUGCACUGUUUGCCUCCGAUACCUCGCUUCCCAUCUCUCACUUCUUUCCGACCAAACUUGUCGAGUUUGCGUUUUCAUCACCUUACCGCUGUACACACUGUUUGCAAUGCAUAUGGUAAAUUUUCAUUGCGAAUAUCGAGCAGGGACAAUUCAGUUCAAACCAAUUGUCAGUAG